AUGAAUCAAUGCAUAUCUACCUUCUUUAUAUAUAUAUAUAUAUAUUACUCGUUGGUAGGUGCUCUAUAUCGUUAUGUGCUGUGUGAGAAAAGCAACAUACCUCCCUCCAGCGUCAAGGGUGAGUUGAAGGAAAGGGUUUAUCUAUCAGCUUAUUAUCCUUAUCUUUCCCUUUUUCCUUUAAUGAAGCUCUAG